AAAGCUAUUUAGAGAGACUUUUGAUGGCUGAACUUAUAAUGCUUGUGCUUGAUGAUGAAAAGGAUCAUGAAAGAGGGCUUAUUUAUACAAGAAGAGCUGAUAAGUUUGUUAGGCAAAGCCAUGUGCUGAUGCCUGUUGGCCUAGUUGGUAUUUCUCAGCAAUGGCAAUAAUUUGAGAAACAAAACCAUGUUCUGCUCUCUUCUUUGUCAUGUAGAUUGGUGACCUUUAGAUUUCCAUCUCGGCAUCAACUCAUCGAUUCUUGUGGAUUUUAUUUCAAAUAAAAGAGGGGCCUAAUGUCAUUCUUCUACACAUUUCCUGUCUGAAUACUUGAUAAUAUAUAAUAGAGUAAGCAAAACCAUGUGAAGCUUCAUGUGCCAAUGUCUCUCACUAGUGGCCACCAAAUCCUCUUCGUAUAUAUACACACACAUAGAAAGUUUUUUUAUGCAAAACACAAGUUUCACUUGCUGUGUAUUUCUCAAAAUCUUUCAUUCUUUCUUUCAAGUCAUCAUUUGAAGUUACAAAAGAGUCUCACUAUGGGUAUCAAAAUGAGUCCCCUUAUUCAAGGUACAAGAAUCUUGAGGAGAUUUUCAAAUUCCAUAGGUGGUCCUAAAGGUCAUUGUGCAGUAUAUGUAGGAGAGAGCCAAAAGAAGAGAUUCAUCGUGCCAAUAUCUUACUUGAGCCAGCCUUUAUUUCAAGACUUGUUAACUCAAGCUGAAGAACAGUUUGGCUUCGAUCAUCCAAUGGGUGGUCUAACAAUACCUUGCAAGGAAGACAUGUUUAUUAAUCUCACAUCCCGCUUGAGAUCAUGAGUAGUAUCAAAGUGCAAAGUCUCUUGCAUAGAAAUUUUGUAAAUUAGUAGACUUAGAUACUAGAAAUAGGAGAUUUAAAGAGGAAAUUUUACUGUAUAGUUUAGAAACACAAAAUCAAUAGAAUUUGUUUCCAUGAUCAAUUUAUGAAUAGCAGAAGUGUUUUUUCUUAUUA